UUGCUUAGAAUGCCACGGAAUGGAUUUGGUGCUUCGCUUGCUGAUGCUGCUGCUCAUUCCCUGGGGCUGGGCAGAGGUGACUUUUGACUUUCAAGAUUGCGGCAUAUUCAACGAGGAACUACAUGAGAAAUUCACGCAUAUUACGGAUAUACACGAACAUCCCUGGAUGGCCAGGUUGGGAUAUGAGACCAAUCGUGGCAUUGCCUACAAGUGCCUGGCCGUCCUCAUCUCCACUCAGUAUCUCCUGGCCCCCGCCCAAUGUUUUGAAACCAAGCAGUUGGCAGAGACAACCAUUCGUUAUGCUCUCCUCGGCGAUUGGAAUCCGAGGAAUGCCCACAUGAAGCCGGAUUGUGAUGACAUGCAACGUUGCAACGCGGAACCUCAAUUGAUGGAGAUCGAAGAGAUCGUCAUACAUCCCGAAUACAGAACCUCCACAUUCUCCAAUAAUAUUAGCAUCUUGAAGUUGGUUAGGAAUGUGACUUUUACGGAUCACAUUCGAGCCAUUUGCCUGCCGCCUUUGGGCAUCAAUCCCAUUGGCCAAUAUCUAUCACUUGCGGGCUUUGCCACAAAUGCCACCAUUGGCUACAAGUUGAAGGCUCUUGUGCACAUUACGAGCAACUCAAAGUGCCGUCGCAAUCUGGUCGAUUACGACAAUCUCUUUGCGGCAACACCCUACAAACUGAAGCACCUCUGUGGCUUUUGCAAUCUGAAUUCCUCCUUAAUAACAGGCUCGGCGCUGAUGGGCGUCCAUGCGGACGAACUGGAACCGAAGAACUAUUAUCUGGUUGGACUGCUGCUGGCCAUGAGCAACGAUAUGCCACACAUCUAUAUUAGGGUACAGCCCUAUCGCAAAUGGAUCGAGAGCAAUAUUAAUUUGAUGGAUAUGGAUGAAGGGAAACAAUAAAUCAAAUCUAGUCGACUGUGCUCGUCUAGAUAAUUUACAAAA